GUAAAAGUACAUAUAAUAACAUUAGGGAUGAGGGAUCAGACACUAAUACUGUACAGUAUCAUAUGAAAUGAUGUUCAGCUGAUUGUGUGCAUUGGUAAUAAUGAGUUACCUGACCUGCAAAAGGGUCCAAGUUCCAAAAUUAUCUCAGGUACAGACUCAAAAAAAAGUAUGUAAUGGUAAAUGCCCAUGUAUUAAAUGUGCAUGUGCCUGUCUUAUACAAGAAAAUGAAUUAAUUCACCAAAAGCAUUUGAUAACUCAAAAUCUCACAAUGUUCUUGCAACUAAUGCAAUAUCUGUGAUAAGAAUAAAAAAAUAUAUAGCUUCCAGAUUGAAUUUCAAUUAAUUCCAUAAACUUAUAUCAUGUACAUGAAAAAUUGCCUCUCUGUAGCUAUUAUUCAUGGCGUUGCAUUGUAUUACAAGCUUAUUUAUGCUUGCUAUACGUAAUAGGCUAAAACAAAACAUGUGCUUACAUCUCGUAAACAUACAUUCUAAUGUUUGAAAGUCACAUUUUAUCCACACCACUACAGCGUCAUGGUUUCCGGUAUCGACGGAGCGAAUUUCUUUUCUUAGGAUGGCGAAGUCACGACCCGCCCUACUCUGCCUCUGAUUGGCUAAUACUCGUUGCCUUCGCUGGUUGGAUUGGUUAGUUUUGUGCAUGAGGAGUAAGAUUGGUUAGAGUUGGGGGGGCAAUAAGCCAAUUAGAGGCAGAAUAAGGUGGGCCAUGACUUUUCUAUCCUAGGAAAAAAAAAUCACCUGGCGAACUUGGCCGAGUUCGCAUUUUCUGAUUAUUUUCCGCCACUUGGAGUGCUGUUAGAUAUGUUAACCUUGAGUAGUUGCACUUUGGUAUUUCUACCCGAUACAGUAGCAUGUUUUCAGCUCCGGACCGCUCGUAUGUAGUUAGCUUAGCUCUCCAGCUACUUAGCUAGCUCUGUGUAGCCGCUAAUGAGAGCAACCGGCGGCUUCGUCUCGGUAACAGAAUGCCUCGGAGGAAGAAGAACGGCCAGAGCCCGGCCAGAGUCCCAGGCGGGCCGCAAGAGGAGGGGGGAAGUCUCGGCCACAACGCGGGUUACCGACCACCUCAGGGUUAUGACAGCUUUCCAUCCAGCAGCUCGCUCUCCAGCUCCGACAAGGAGAAAAUCGUCAGAAGCAUGCAGGAGAUGUUCUCACACUUGGACCCCGAAGUUAUUUACAUCGUGCUCUCCGAGUGUGAUUUCAAAGUUGAAAAUGCAAUGGACUCCCUCUUGGAGCUGUCUGUGGCUGCUGAAGUUGCAGCCCCCAUUCCUUCCCCGGUCUCUGGCUUUGAGCGCACUGCUGCAGCCCUGCUCAGUCCCCGCCACUUUUCUGAACCUAGACCAGACCCGGACUCCUCCAAACCAUCACAGCGACCCUUCUCUCCUGCCUCUACCAACCUCAUGACAGAAGAGCUUGACCUGCUAGUCGAUCAGGAGCUAGAGACACUGACAGCACAACAAGACACUAAGGAAGAGUACCCCAGCAGCCAGAGUUUGUCUGCUGGUAUGUCCCUGUCCUCUUUCCCUCCACCACCAUUUCCACAGCAGGUCCUCCCUGAGCUGCUUCAGUCCAGCCUGGAACCUGGAUCUAGAGGGCCCUCUGCUGAGGAGCCAUGCACCAUGGAGUAUAUGUCUGGAGCUUCAUCUCCACUCGACCAGCUCAGCACUUGGGAAGACGAGACCACUGAGGGUCAGCACUCGGUGGUGGAUUACACACAUCUGAUGACAGAAACACCUGCAGACAAGCCAAAACCUCCUUUGGACCUGGUAGCUUCAGGACGUCCCUCUGCAUUCCAGGUGUAUAAAAAGCAAGACCCGUCACACACACUUUCUGACAAGGCUGGGGUCUUGCCCUCUGAAGCUGUAGUAGGAGGAGCACGAUCUAAGGUGAAUGUGUUGAAUCCGGAGCCACUUGGCUACACGUCUUCGCCCUGGAACCUUGAUUCACCAGUGUUUUCUCCUCGCGUCCAUGCGAACCAGGGACCGUACUUCAUCACGCCUGUGGUGCAAACGCCUUCAAACUGGCCCAGCCAACCCAGGCAUCCCUCUCCCUGGCUAAAUCAGGGCCCAGUAAGGCAAGCACCUCUUAAACCUUCUGCUACUAUUCCUAAAUCCUGGGCCCUGCCUGCUGCUCCGCAACAUCCUGUCCGCCACAGUAGGCUUCGUUUGGAAGGGAAGGUACUCGUGCUGAUACGUGGUGCUCCAGGAUCUGGCAAGUCAACGUUGGCUAGAGCUUUGCGAGAUCAUAACCCAGGUGGAGUCGUACUGAGCACUGACGACUAUUUUACUCACCAUGGACAGUAUCAGUUUGACCCCAAUGCUCUCGGGGAGGCUCAUGAGUGGAACCAUAAACGAGCCAAGGAGGCUUUUGAGAGGGGUGCUAACCCCAUCAUCAUUGACAAUACCAACCUGCAAUGCUGGGAGAUGAAACCAUAUGUGGUGCAGGCACUGAAACAUGAUUAUAAGGUGCUGUUUCGAGAGCCGGACACUUGGUGGAAGAACAAGCCCAGAGAACUGGAGAGACGCACCACACAUAGCGUGCCAGUGGAAACAAUUCGACGCAUGCUGAAUAGAUACGAGCGCUUUGUCACGGUCCAGUCCAUUAUCGGUUCACAGAUGCCUGAGUUGAAGCAGCGCAUCCUCUUUGAAAACAGAAGCUUACAGCCUGUGACUUCCGAAACACCUUGUCCUGACCUUGUCGGGCAGCCUGCAUUGACGGAGCAAUGUAAGAAGUCCCACCCUCAGCUAUUUUCCUCCCUUCCUGACGUGUCAUCUAUUGGUCAUUCUGGUGAGGUUGGAAUGCUGGAAGACAAAUCCACUGAAUCGCUAAAUUUCCAACCAACUGGAAGACCUAUGGAAAGUGCCAAAGUUUACGACGGGGAUGACAUGGAUUUGGGUGCAUUAGACUCUGAGUUGGAUGCCCAGUUAACUCUAAAUAAUCCAAGAGGAGAUCAGAGGAUCCCUGACUGUAUUGUAGAAUCAGUGAUGAAUGAAGAUCACCGUGGGGAUGAAAGGCCGGUGGCUUUCUCUGAGUCUAUUGGACAACGGGUGCGGAGGGAAAGGCCAAGCAGGAGGUCAGAUUUUGACAGGACGAAGCCUACAGAUCUGGUGAAAGAUACUAACCAAUCAGACAGCGAGGCGAAGGAGAAAGAAAAGAUGAGGGAACAGGAAACAGGAGGGGUUGAGAUCAGGAGGGACGAGGAGAAGGGAACGCCUAAGAUGUUGGAUUUUGUAGGGGAUUGGCCUUCUGAAGGGUCUCUCGAGCAGCGACAGGUGAGGAGAAGAGAAAGGCAUAAAGAGGGAAAGGAAAAUGGAGGUGUGUCUGAAGAAGCUAAUCAAAACACAAUGAAAGUGCAGUCUGGACCUGAUGUAAAAGAGUUCCAAAAGCUUCUUGAUCUUAUUCAGACAGGGGGAGCUGCUCUGCAGACUGGUUCCUCUCGUUCGUCCUCACUUUCCUCAAGCUCUGGCAGGGAAUUGGAAAGAGAGGUGGAGGCAGGUGGCGGGAGAUCUAACAGUGAAGAGAGAGAGCAAAGCAUGAACAGAGUUAACAGCAGUAGAGCUGAAUUACCAGAUUGUGUGUUAGACUGGAAGGCAGCUGACUCUUGUGUGGUCAGGGAAUCGAGAAUUGAUGGAUGGGAGGGACUUAAAAUUGAAGAGGAAGCAAGUAAAACAGGGUCUGUGGAUUUGAAAUCAACCACCAACACUGCUACUGAUUCACUAGUUAUCUCUGAAACUACGGAGGCAAAAGUGUACCACAAUAGAGGAAGCCACAGUGUUGAAGGUGGGGUUGGUACAGAGCCUAGUGCUGCUGGUCAUUCUGAUAUGGAUGCAAAUAUUUGCACAGACAAUGGAGGAGUGACUGGAGUAGAGCUUGAUAGCAGCCAUAUCGGCGAGGUGUGUCAGAGUCCUGUGUGUGAGGGCUCUGUGGAAGCAGAAAGUGGUGCUUUCAGUGGAGACAGUCAGGAGCGAAAGCAGCGUCAGGGUCGCAGAUCAGGGAAACAGUGCAAACUAGCCCUCACCUUCACUCAAAACUGUCCUGCGUCUUCACUGACAGCUCUCGAAUGUCCCGAUACCACAGCGCAAAAUGUAAACGGUAGUCAGAAUAGCUUUAACACAGAAAUCGAGCCUAACACCAGCCUUAAUCUUAAACCAAACAUUGACUUGUUCACCGCGUCCAAAUCUGAGGCACAUCUGCAACCCCCAUCCCCUCCUCCUCAGGUAGACACGGGCUGCCCCACCCAGACAGAACCUCAAGACUUUGCCCUUCUUUGGCGUCUCAAUCAUCAAGACAGCCGUGAAGAUGCAGCCGUCACUGUGUGCAGCUACUCCAGCGACAUCACAGUCCUGUCAGGCGACUCUUCUCGCUUUGUGCCAGAGCUGUCCUCUGUCGUUUCUGCAGCGGUUGCAGUUCACCCAUCCAGCCACAAAGAGGUACCCUACCGUGUGGUGCAUGAGAAAGGCACACAGGUGGAGGAGAGAGAAUUUGGGGCAACUCAAGACCGGCUUGAGAGCCUACACAUUCUCAGCAGUCAUUUUAAACUAGUUAGUUUUGAUACAUUAGAAGACCUGUAUGACAAAUGCCACCACAACCUAGAAUGGACCACAAAUUUGCUGCUGGACUCUGGAGAGAGGUUCUUCAGAGAUGAAGAGGUGAGGGAGGAGGAGGAAGGUGCUAGGGGUGAAGAUGAUCAGAACACAUCCAAUCUUUGUGGAGCUUUAGGAAAUGUAGGAGAAACCAAGUUAUCUUCUAACAUAUUAGAUGAGCUUCUCUCUGAAGGUUUGCCAAAUGCAACUGUGGUUGUGGAGGCGACUCAGCAGUCAGCCUGUGAGACAGCUAGUGAGUCCAGUGAGAGUUCUGAUAAUACUGGCUUGUUAAGUGUUGGAGCUUCUCCAGUCAGAAACAAAAAUCAUCCUGAUACACCAUCACACUCAGUAAAACCUUCUCAAACAGAAGAUAAUUUGCUUUUAUCAGAAAAUAAAGUGACAUCAGGACGUGACUUAGAGGGCGGGGCUUGGGGUGGGAGCAUAGAUGACGGAGUAAUAAUUGAAGAGUCAAGAGUCGAGAUGGAGGACGAGAUGGCUAGCAUGGACGAGGUUCACCGGCUGCUGCAGGCUGAGCUAGAUGAAAUUGAGAUAGAGGAGAAACAGAGGAAGGAGGAGAGGAAUGAAAGGAGGCAUGUGGAGGAGAGAAGGAGCCGACACCUGGACAUUCAGAGUGUGGAGCUGAAACUACCCACUGAACUGGCAUUACAACUAACUGAACUAUUUGGACCUGUGGGAGUAGAUCCAGGUACAUGCUCCUCUGAUGACUAUGCAGUGCAGAUGGACCUGAACCUGGCUAAACUGCUCCACCAGAAGUGGAAGGAAACCAUCCAGGAAAGGCAGAGACAAGCAACUCUUUCCUUUCACCUGCUUCAGGAAAGUUCAGUGCACUGGGGUGAAUCACAGGUGGCCAAACCUGGCACAAGAGAUCGGACGCAGGCAUCACGUUUCCUAAUUAGCACAGAUGGUUACACAUCACAGGACAGCCAACCAGAGUCCCAUGGUGGGAUGCCAUUCAUGGACCACUGGAACGUUUCCCGCCCACAUGUGUCUCUACGGGACAUUAUAAAAGAGGAGCAGGCUUUGCAGGAGAAUGUGGAGAAGACCAGACAAAAUCGUGCAGACCUUGACAAGCGUGAUGGAGCCACCCUGUUAAAAGAAAACCAACUGUACUCCUUCUUCCCCACCAUUGACAGGCAUUUCCUCCAGGACAUCUUCAGAGACCACAAUUACAGUCUGACCCAAACAAAGCUGUUUCUUCACUCUCUACUGGAUGAGGAGCCUGUCAAGACUGUCGUCGCUCCAGAAGCGCCUCGGUCUGACCACCACAGAGCAGCCAGCAAGGAGAGGGAAAAGAGGCAGAAGCCCCUGGAGUCAACCGUGCUUGAAUACCAGGAUACAGAAGAUCCCGAGUACGACGACUUCAGGGCCGAGGCCAGCCUGCAGAGGAGCCGGCAGCUCGAAAGUUUUAACAAAGCUGCCAAGGCUUACAAGCAAGGACACAAAGAAGUGGCAUCCUUUUAUGCACAGCAGGGACACCUGCAUGGCCAGCGGAUGCGUGAGGCCAAUCACCGUGCAGCAGUUCAGAUCUUUCAGAGGGUCAACUCAUCUUUGCUGCCCAGGAACAUCCUGGACCUCCAUGGGCUGCAUGUAGACGAGGCCCUGGAGCAUCUGGCCCAGGUCUUACAUGACAAAACCACAGAUUGUGAGCAGGGUCUGUGUCGACCUCAGCUCUCUGUCAUCACAGGAAGAGGGAACCACAGCCAGGGGGGCGUGGCCCGCAUCCGCCCCGCCGUUAUAGACUACCUCACCAACAGACACUACAGGUUCACUGAGCCAAAGCAAGGUCUCGUGUUGGUCUCUUUGAAGUGAAAAGGUUUAUAGGAUUCAAGCUAAAGCUGCUACGGAGGACAAUACUCACUCACACUCUGUACUUUCUCACUUCUAUAACUCCACGUGUACAAUAAUCACAUACAGUAUGAUACACUCAGCCUCCACCUUUCUUACUUCUGUCAGUUCAGUCACUACUUUUUCGCUUCUACUCAUCCCCUCACUCACUCUCUCUCUCUCUCUCCCCCCCCUUUCUCCAUCACUCAUAUACAGUACCAGUCAAAAGUUUGGACACACCUUCCCAUUCACUUGAAUGACAAAGUGUGUCCAAACUUUUGACUGGUACUGUAGCUACCAAAAACUGUAAUCAAGUCUUAAUCUUGGUUACUAUUAAUUAAGAUCUUAAUCCUUACUCAGAUCUUCAUCAGAGUAUUUUUUUGUUUUGUAUUUAGAAAAGAUAACUACGUUGGUGCGAAACACAAGUAAGGUCUUUUUAUGCAGCUGUAAAGCCAGAAUGUUUGUAUAUUUUAUAUUUAAAAAUGUUUUAUAGUGUGGUGUGGUGUUUUUUUUUUCCUUAACAUUUGCCUUCAUGCCUUUUAAAGAGUAUAAAAAAGCCUGUGUUUAGAAGGCUCCAUGUUGAUUGAAGUGUUAUUUAAUCUUUCUAACAUUUAUUAAUACAGAUUAAUGUUUGAGACGUAAUGUAAGUAUUUUAUGCAUCUUUAUCUGAAUCAUGAUUGUGCGCUGUCUGCAUGGAGGUUGUUCUCUGUAGGAUUUUCAGUAAUACAACAUCAGAUCAGUUUUUGAGACAAUGUGAGAAUUUUGUUUGAUGUUAAUUCUACAUCUAAUCAGGUGUUGUUGUCAAAUGCUUUGAAGGAAGAGAGUUUUUUUUGCUCUGGUGAUGAUCAAAGGUCAUUAAAUAGUUUGAACAAUCUCCAUUGUGAGUUCUGCAGCAGUUCCUCUCCUUUGUCUUAGCAGCUGCCUCAGCAACAUACUGCAACUGUUUUAUUUUAGUUUCAGGCCAAGCCAAGCUUAGCUGCUAAUAUAUUGAUAUCAAGACUCAGGUAACAAUUAAACAAGUUUUCGAGGCCAGUUGAUAGUUUCCAACCUGUUCCUGGUAGCUUUUUUUAAAAUCCAUUGUACCAAACUUUGUAGCAGUUGUAUUCCUCAGGUGGCUACACAAGUUUUGUAGGUUUAAAGUUGCCUCUUAUUUUUUACCUGUGUGAUUAUUUUUCACAGAGCUGCGACGACAAUGUUGACAGAUUUUACUUAUUGUACAUAAUGUUGUGAACAAAUGAAUUAUAAAGAAAAAAAUGUAUUUUUUUAUUCAUUUGUUCUCAUGGUUUUACAGAGAAAGUGUUAUUGUGGAAUAAAAUCCUGUUUGUUUACAGUUCAUGACUCA